GAAGGAACAGCUCGGAAUAGCCGCCGACUCCUCCCACAGAGUUGUCCUGGGAAACAGUAACAACUGUAAGAAAGUCUCACUUCUCAUGUUUCUCUCCCGGGACUGACUGAGGAAGAAGAGGCGCUCACACUUCUCCACUCCGAGAGCCACUGGAGGACUUUUACCAGCCGCGCGCUCCCGACGCUCAAACUUCGGCCAUUAGCGGGAUUAUUAUGCGUCCAAAAGCUGCGUCCUUUGCCUAAGUGUCCAGGGACAUGAAACUCAAUCCACAGCAAGCUCCAUUGUAUGGGCAGUGUGUUGUCACAGUGCAGCUCGCUGAUGAAGAGCUGGCUGCGGAUAAGGAGGGCGUGGACUACUUCCUUCUGUUUGCUGGCAGCACACAAAGGCACCUGACCAGCACCCAAAGGAGCAGUCAUGACACCUUGCAGGCGGUGUGUCCCGCCCAUGACUGCUGUGAGGGGGUGCUGGUCACCUUGUGCUCUCUCACUCGAAUUGUUCCAGAGGCCCUGAAGAAAGACCUAUACCUGGGUAGCGUGUCUCCACUGGGUGAGCAACGAUUCAGCUUCGUCCAGGAUUUGGCUUUUGACAUGGCCCAGUUUCUGGUGAGCACGGCGGGUCGGGCCGACGCCCUGGAUGGGGCGCUGCUGCUGGAUGAGUGUCAGAUUCCUCUGCAGGAGUGUGAACGUCUGGAUGAGAGUCUGGCGCUGGCCCUCCAGCAUCUCGCACUGCCUCUAGGAUGGACCAUACUGGGAAACAAACCAACCAACAGCACUGAACUGAAUCCUCAGGAGACUCUGCUGCACUUCUCCGCUCGUCGAGGUCUAUUUCGGGUUACGCACUUCUUGCUGCAGCAGCCUGGAGCUACAGAAGCCCUGCGAUUGGCCAACAGACAGGGCCACACCCCAUCCGCCAUCGCUGCUUUGCGAGGACAUGAACGUCUCCACGAGCUUUUAACAAAGGCUGACACAGACACAGAGAAAGAGGCUGACAGUGUCCACCAGGUCUCUACAGAUGCCCGGGUAAUUUGUCACCUCCCCAGGCUGAACACACAUACUCUGACACUGAGAAACCACCCUGGCCGCGAACCUCCGACCCUUCAGAAAAGUGUGGAGCAGCUGCUGCACCUGAUAUGCCAUCUCCAUGCCAAGGGAGUUUCUGUACUGGAGCUGCAGUUCGAUUGUCUGCACACAGCUGCCGAAUGUUGUGAUGGCAUAGAAACUGAGAUAACCUACGUGGAGCAACUACAGCAGGCUUCCACAGCACUGGAGUGUUUGGAUUCAAAAACUGAAGGCAGCUGGGUAGAAAACUGCCCAGUGGAAAGCAGCAGGACUGAUUCAGGACACAGUGAGACUGGAAAGGCAGAGAAAGACGGGAGGUUGUCUGCAAGUACUCUAACAUCAGAUGUACGCCCUGGGGACCAUGGCCUUCUAUCCCCAGAGGAUGGGAUGUGUUUUGGUUCAAACAUUGGGAGAGAUUACUUCCAAGCAAAGGAGGAGGUAGGAGAGCAGCCUGUUGUUUCCAUCCAAAGUUUGAGUUUGUGUCACAGGAGUGAAGGAGCUCAGAAUGAAGUAGAAAGGGCAAAUUUUACUUUGGGAAUCCUACCACCAGCAGGCUGUGGUAAACAGGCAGAGGAAACUGAUAGAGGAGAGGCUGUGAUCCGGGAAGGACAGGAGGCCACAAAGGGAGAGGACAGAUCUGAGCAGGAAGAGAAGCACAGCACAGCCAGGAGGAAGAAGGAGGAGGAGACCAACCCAGAGUCAACAGAUCCAAUAACGCCCAGUGGAGACGAGAAAGCUUUAGUCAUGGGCCAGACUCAGUCGUUAGAGGGCUCAGGGGUAUCUGACAACUCUGAUUCUGAAACAAAAAACUGCGCUCAGGAAGAGGUGACUGUCGGGACAGAAGACAUGAAACUGAGUGGGGAAAUCUGCGAUGGACUCUCUUUAGACGAGGACAAGAUGGAGCAUAAAGGGUUAACAGACUCUGUAUCAGCCUCAAGGGACCUCCCCAAUCCAUCACUGAUAGACAGCGGUGAUGUAAGCGAGGAGCCUGAAUCUGCUUUUUCACGUCUCCUGAUAGAAAGCCUCAACAAGGGGGAACCUCCACCAGACGUAAACAGCCUGGAACAAAACCAGGAAACAGCUGGGAGGGAUUACGCUACAGAGCAGCAGCAGGGCUUGGCUCCAGACACCAAUUCUGAGAAUUGUACUGGAACAGCAAAUGGUAAAGAACUGGAUGGUCAGGAUGUAGCUGAAACUUCUGUACUAGGUAUCAAAAACUCAUAUUUGCCUUUGGAUGAAUCUGACAACACAGCAGAUGAUCAGCCCGUCGGGAACUCCACAGAAGAUACACAGAUUGACCAAGUUGACUGCAUGGCCCACAGCCUCUCCAGUGAUGACGAUGGCAGUUUCCGGUCAGUCGGAAGCUCCACAACGGAAAUCUUCCACCCGACUCAUGACGGUGCAACAGCAGGGGAGCAGGACUUGGUUCAGAGCAAGAUAUCAGAACUGUCGUCAGCAGGAACCAUGAGGGAAGAAUCAAAUGAUAUGAAACCGAGUGAAAGUGAUUCACCCACUGUGGAUGCAGGAAUACUGUCGGAGCUGGAUGCUGACGGGGCAGCACAUUUGACCAACCGCAACCAGUCUGGCACCGAGCCUGAAUCACAACUGCCACCCAGCCCUCAAACAAUGGAGCCUUUGAACCCGGAGGGGACAGGAGAGGAACUUGCCCCAGAACUUUCCAAAGAGGAUCUGUCUUUGGGUCCCUUGUUGUCAGAGAAUGAGGAUUCCAGAGAGGCUACCUGCUCUGACCUGACUGCAGAGAUGGAGCAUUCACCACCGGAGGUCACCUGUACGGUCCUAAGUGAACCAUGUCAGUCUGUUGCAGAAAAGAUCGAAGUGAAUAUCCCAGUUGGAGGUGAUCCUCAGUCAGCAGAGACCAGUGAUGAAUCCCUGGUGGCCUCAGGAGAGGAGAAUGGGCAUGUGCAGUCUGUGCCAGAGCAACAAAAACAGGAUGAUUUAGAGAAGACAACAGAAGAAAUGUCACCUGAUGAGGUAUUAACUCAUGCAGAGAAUGAGAUCAGUGCUCCUUCAUCACAAAGCAUCACUCUGCUUUCAGAAGACAGUACAGAAGCAGAUCCACGUUCUCCAAACAAUGAAACAGCUGGUGAACCUGUUGUUGAGAAUGAUUUGAAUGAAAAUCCAAAGACGUCUGAUACAGUGGAUGGAGCCUCAGAAAGCCACAACAGUGCAAUCCAAGAGGAAGAUGUCAUCAAGUCUGAAGACACUGUAAUUGCUGCAGGGGAGGAAGAAAAUGACACAGCAGACGAAACAGACUUCUCCACGAUCCACCGAGACAGAGAGGCGUCGUUCAAUCCACCCUGCAGCACUCAGCACUCAGGAUCCUCACAGUCGUCGUCGUUUCCCAGUUUGCCCAGUAGGACCGGCAGCACCGCCAGUUGUCCCUCCACAGCGCACAAAGACUCCGAUAGCGACAUAGAGAGCUUCCUGAACGUAGAGCCUGGAUAUGACAGCGUCUUCAGAAAGAAUGACGAACCAGUGACAGGAGGAGACAGUGCCAGCGAGGUGUCCAUUUCCUGUUCCUCCACAGACGACACUGCCAGUGUCGGCCCGUCCAGCUCCAGCCCUGAGGGCAGCCAGCACCUGGGCUGCAACUGGAGCCCAGAGGAGGGUGUACAGACAGGGGCUACCACUGCAGGUCUGGACGGAGGUGGAGGUGGAGGAGCGGGAGAAGCUGAAGAAGAGGCCAAAGACAGAGUGACAGAGGUGCCGCGGCGCUCUUGUCUCCUCCGGAACAGCAUCCGCUCCCUGUCGCCUCUUCGCCGCCACAGCUGGGGUCCCGGAAAGAACAACAGGGGAGACGGGGAGAUGAACCAACGGAGUUCCAUCCGUAGCCCUGGUGAGGGAAAGCCGACCUUUCACAGGAGAAGCUACAGCUUGGAGGGGCUCAGUGGGGUGCAAGAAGAAUUGAGGGGCCCCACCCCCCAGGGCCCCCGAAUCCCGGAGCCAUUAAGGAUGCCCCGACAAUACAGCGAUGACAGGGGCUCACUGGUUUCUCUGACAGAGGAGCAGGACGAGCUGGGGGAGCAUGAAAGACUACAAGAGGAGAAAUCGAGGCGAUAUUGGCCUCUGCGAAAUAGCUGUUCUCCCAUGACCCUGCCCCUGACUAAGUCUGUAUCCAUGCUUGCCAUCAGCCAGAGAGACAUCGAUGGUAUGAGGUCGUUUUCCAGCACCUCUGGGUCACUAGCAUACAGUAUAUCAGAGGAGGAGCCUGGGCCUCUGCGGAGUGACACUGAUGGCAAGAGUGUGACGAAAGUCAGCCGGACUUUCAGCUACCUCAAGAACAAGAUGUACAAAAAGACCAGGGAGAAGGAUCGAGAUAAGAGGGACAAAGACAAAGAAGGCAAAGAGAAGGAGAAGAAGACAUUGAAUGGUCACCUGUUCACUGCAGUCGGCUCGGGCCAUGCGGCCCAGUGUUCCCAGUGCAGCAAAGCUAUCACCAGCAAAGAGGCUUUCCAUUGCUCACACUGUAAUGCUUCUGUCCACAAGGGCUGCAGGGACGUCCUGCCUGUUUGCGCCAAGGUGAAGAUGAAGUUGCCCAAGCAGCAGUUUUCUGUCCCAGACUCCAGCUCCUUUUCUAACGUCACCAUGAGGAACAAAUCUGGUGGACCAAGGGAGCGCCCCUGGUCGGCCAUCUUGCUCCCUGAAGAUCACUCGUCGUCUCGGAGACCCACCAGCAUCAUGAAUUACCACGGCAACCUGUCCAAGAGUUUGUCCAUCAGCAACAUCGCUGGUCCGGUGUUUGAUGAGAUGCCCAUUAAAGGUCUGCGGUAUCUCUCUCAGUCCACUGACUCCCUCAACAGAACCAACCAGGUCACAGAGUCCAUGGAAUCACUCACUGAUGAAGGGACGGAGAUGAUGGAUGGACAGCUAUUGGGGGAGUUUGAGGCCGAGGCAAAGGAGCUGGAAGCUGAUUCGUGGAGUUUGGGCGUGGAGCAGCAGUACCUGCAGCAGCUGGACAAAGAAGUGGUGAAGAGACAAGAUGUCAUCUACGAGCUGAUGCAGACGGAGAUGCAUCACAUCCGGACGUUGCGCAUUAUGUCAGAAGUGUACAGUAAAGGCCUUCAGAAGGAGGCACAGCUGGAACUCCAGACAGUGGAGAAGCUGUUCCCUGCACUAGACGAGCUCCUGGAGCUCCACACGCAGCACCUCCUGCGCCUCCUGGAGAGGAAGAGAGAGUGUCAGCUAGAAGGUGGAAGCUUGGAUGGAGGAUUCAUCAUCAACAGGAUAGGAGACAUCCUGGUGAACCAGUUCUCUGGCUCCAACGGUGAAAGUAUGAGGAGGAUUUACGGAAGAUUCUGCAGUCGCCACAACGAAGCAGUCAACUUGUGCAAGGACCUGCUGAUCAAAGACAAACGCUUCAAAGCCUUCAUUAAAAAAAAGAUGAGUAGCAGCAUCGUGCGGAGGCUUGGUAUCCCAGAAUGCAUCCUGCUUGUGACCCAGAGGAUAACAAAGUACCCGGUGUUGAUUCAGAGAAUGCUACAGCACACUAAAGAGGGUGAGGAAGAGUACGAGGACCUGACGGAUGCUGUGCGCAUGGUGAAGGAGGUGAUCGCAGCGGUGGACAGCAAGGUGAACGAGCACGAGAAAAGGCGGCGUCUGAAGGACUUCCACGGUCGCAUGGACAGCAAAUCCAUCAUGAUGACGAAGAGCGGUCAGAUCUUUGCAAGGGAGGAUCUGCUGAGGAGAAGGCUGAUCCACGACGGAGCUCUGCAGCUGAAGAACAGCCAGGGAAAGUUAAAGGAUGUUCAUGCUCUACUCCUGUCAGACGUCUUUGUCUUCCUACAAGAAAAAGACCAAAAAUAUGUCUUCGCCAUGCUGGACCAGCGCUCCACGGUCAUCUCCCUCCAGAAGCUGAUCAUCAGGGAGGUUGCUAACGGAGAGCGCGGCCUGUUCCUCAUCACGACGGGCAUCGAGAAGCCUGAGAUGAUGGAGGUCCUGGCCAGCUCGAAAGACGAACGCAACACCUGGAUGCAGCUGAUUCAGGACGCCAUGCAAUCCAUGGACCGAGAUGAGGAUGAAGGGAUUCCCAGUGAGACAGAGGAUGACAAGAGACAAUUAGAGACUAAAGCCAAGGAGAUUAGAGAUAUGCUGAAGCAGAAAGACACAGCCAUCAUGUCCCUGUUGGAAGAGAAGGUGCGGCUCUUCAGGGGCAUGUGGGAGGGAUUGAAUCCAGCCACAGAGGCUUGCCAGCAGGUCGAGCAUUUCUUCAGAUCAGCCUGCAGCCUGGAGCCCCCCAGGGGGGCGUCUAUCAUGAAGGAUGCCCUGCAGGAAGUUGAGACGUUACAGGCACUGGUGAACGGCAGCCUGGGCGGAGCGAUGGCCAGUGUCCAGGAAGGAGGAGGAGUGGGGCCAGUUUGUCUGCCGCGUCGCGCCGAGACUUUCGGAGGCUUCGACAGUCACCAGAUGCACAGCAGCAAGGGUGGAGACAGAGACGAGGGCGAGGAUACGGCAGGAGAUCUGCGCAGGACGGAAUCUGACAGCGUUUUAAAGAAGGGAGGAAAUGCCAACCUGCUGCUGCUGCUGAAGAGGAACAGUGAGGUAACACUGACUUCCUGCCCCUCUAAUUCAAUCAGAGCUUCUAUUUACAUGCAGGUCUUUCACAGUGUCUCCAAUCUGCAUCUGCUGCUAAGCGCUCUGCAGGCGGUGGUGGUCCAGCAGGACAGCUUCAUAGAGGACCAGCGGCACGCCCUGAGCGAGCGCUCCUCCUCCUGCACAUCUUUGUCGCGGCCAUCCUCGCGGCCCAGCUCCCUGAUUGAGCAGGAGAAGCAGCGCAGCCUUGAGAAACAGCGGCAGGAGGUGGCCUCCCUUCAGAGACAGCAGGCAGCUCAUGCUGAGGAGAAGAGGAGGAGGGAGAAGGAGUGGGACAUCAGAGAACAGCAGCUGAAUGAGAAAGAGGUGCUGGUGCACAUACAGGAGGAGGAGGUACAGAAGCAGUACAAGAAGAUGGAGGACGAGAGGCGGGAGCUGCAGAGAAAGAAGGAGGAGUACCAGAAAGACCUGGAGAGGCUGAGGGACGCACAGAGGAAGCUGGAGAGGGACAGGGAGGCCGUGCAGCGGCAGUUCGACAAGAUGGAGGAGCUCCGUCUGGCUGAGAGGACUCCCUCUACGACGUCUGAUGAAUCCCAGUUCCCCAGCAGCUCCCAGUCUCUGGAGCCGGACCUGCUGGAGCUCUCCUCCUCCUCCUCCUGCUCCCUGCCCAGGCUGCAGCCCCAGCAGUCCAAGCCCAAAGGAAAAGGCCUCAAUCCCUUCACCUUAUCCUCCAGCAAUUCCAACCUCAAGGGCGACAACCAGAUCUCGAAGAGCCUUCUGCAGCUGGCCAAGAGCAAGAGCAAAGAGGGGAAGGAGAAGAAGAAGAAGAAGGGCAAAGGAGGGAGUACACAGACGGCAGACGCCCAGCACCGCCCCGAGCCUCCUCUUGAUGGAGAGAUCUUCUUUUGCUGAGAGAAAUGGUACCUCCUCAUCAUCGUCAUUAUCAUCAUCACCAUCACCAUCAACCCAUCAUUCUACUCUGACAUCCAGAGGAACAUGUUCUUGUUAAGUAGUAACACACAGUGCUGCAGUGUACUACCAGGCUUUUCAGCACCUUUCAAUUAACAUUGAAGAGACUCAUUGUUCACUUCUCUAAAUUAGAUCAUAUAACAGAUUAACGUCACAUGCAAAGGUUUUUAAAACAAACAGCGUUUUUUAGUUUCUGGAAAGAAGCAUAUUUUGGGGGAUUCUGUUAUCGUAUGCAAAUAGGCCCCACAUUCACUCACAGCUUAUUAAAAUAGGAACCAUGGAUUAGCUGUGCACAUUUAGAUCCAAAAACCCUGUUUCCUUUUCCAAAAAAGUCAUUAUGAUUUCUACAUUUAGAAGAAAAAUAUGCUUUCGAGACAACUCACAGUGAAAAUGUCUAACAGUGGGUUGCUUCAGCAUCUCCACCAACUCUCCUGACUGCCUUGUCAUGACUCUCCAGCCUCAGCCUUCUUUCAACAGUCCGUCCUGGCAUCAACACCAAAUCGCUGUUGAUAUAAGAAUCAUGGGGAUUUAACCUCUCAAAAACAGACAAAUCCAAGUGCAAGUUGAAACAGACGAAUGUCAACGUAGCAGUGGAAACGCCUCUCAACUGAUCACCUUCAUCAUUAAUCAUUAAUGGCUCUAACCACUUCGCCCAAACUUUGUGUCCUAGCAACAGUUCCCCAUGUUUGUUCCAGUGAUUCUUUCCAAAGUGCUUCUGUAUAAAUCCACACUGAAAAAAGAAAAAUGGAGCCUGACAUUCCUUUACAUGCAAUUUGAAAAGCAGAUGUGAUUACCGGCUCUAACUUUGUUUCCAGCUUUUUAAGCGCUGAUAACUUCAGCAGUCAUUGACAAUGAUUUUAUGCCAUCAAUCACGAUCCUCUAUGAGGUUUUAAUUUAUUCGAAUCGUGGAUAUCUCCAUUCUGGAGUGAAACCCUUCAGAUGUACGUUUCUGUUUUUCCCAGACUUAACAGCAAUGAAGGGAUUGAGCCAAAUCUGCCUGUGUCUAAUGGCUCAAUUCAUAUCUUUUAGUGUGUUGUAGAGCCUUGGACGGAUAUUAGCUUGAUCCUCGCUUUAUCUGCCUGUCAAUGGGCUUUUAUGCAGCCCUCAUCUUUCAUCUGAGCGCCGACAAGUGCAGGGUUUUCUUCAUGUUUUUUAAUUGCAUGUGACUCUGCAGGUAGCAUACUGAUGGUGUCUCUCUGUUAAAUAGUUUAACUUUCUCUUUCAAUAGACUGGCUAGAUGCUGGCUUGUGAAAAAGAGAAGGGACAUUAUCUAAAACCAACAGAAUAUGGUACCUGUUCCUGUUCCAUGACGGUAAUCAUUUCAAAUGAGUCAACACACAUCAGUGUUGUUAAGCACUUUGGUCCUAACAUGUUGACGUAUUUUAUCAGUAUGAAAGAUCUGCAUUGUAUACUACACAGUAUAAUAGAGUGCUCUGACGCUCGUGAAAAGCAACAAUGAUCCAAAGCAAGAAAAUGUGAUAAAAUACUUUAAGGAUGAAGCAGUUAUUGUAGAAUUUAAAAAGGGGCUUGUAGCUUUUGAGCUAUUAAUCGAAGGUGACUUGUCUGACCUGUUAAUCAUUUGAAGCCCCGCUGAGCCCGGAGUGGGCCAAUCAACUACCUGCUGGACAGGUAGCAAAUAAAAACAUGAUGGGGAAAAAAACCUGACUCUUUCCGUUGAAUUACAGAGCAGCGUCAAUGAUCUGCUUCUUUUCUGCCUCUUUUGUCUCAUGUUUAAGUGCUGAUUGUUAACUCGCUGUCCGUGCUGAGGAUUUUACUUCACGUCCAGGCAGUUUAUUAUAGUGUGUCUUCUAAGAGGCUUACAGGGCCGGCCAAUUAGUUGCUUCAUGUCUUUUGUUUAUGGCUUUGGUGUAAUCCUUCCAAAGAAACAGAGGAAUGGGCUUCUCUUUUCCUCUGUUGCUUUCAGUGUCAUUUGACCACUAGGGAGCACUGCACCUUUGACUAAAUGAGACCUGUCUCUUACACAACAAUAACAACUAAAAGUGUUUUUUUCUUUAUUCUCUUUUUUUAUAUUCUCCCUACUAUGCAAAAUUGACAUAUUUUUCUCAGCGGGUCAUUGCCAUACAGAGAUAAUGUGAUGAGCGUGGGCUCUCACAUUCUGACAUUUUCCCCACGGCAUUUAUAAUUGACUGCAGAAACAAAUAAGUUGUCAGAGAUUGUAAUUGGUUAUUCAGUGAAACCAGUCAGCAGCAGCUUUAAUGUGGGGGGGAGGGGGGAAGCUCUAACGGUUGGAGGGAGCGACCGGGCAGAACCACAAACCUCUCUCUGUAAGGGACAAUCAGCAGACGCGAGUCAGGAAAAUGAACUCCUUCCCCGAUGAUGAUAGGCCUGUCCAUGAGAUGAGUGUGUCCAUCAGGUGAACCCUGCCUAGCCUUAAAUCUUAACAAUAAAAUGCACUAGAGUAGAAACUAGCAUCUUCUCAGGAAAGAGAGGAGAGCUUUUAUACCUCGGCUUUGAAACGAAGGAAAUGUUUGUACUAUACAAAUAAAAUGGUACAAAACUGUUUUAUUCUCAACAUUGUAAAAAAAAAGGGCAAAUGUGUAAAUAUGAUUUCUGUAUAAAACAAAUCAAAUGUAAAAAAAUUGAAUUGUUCCAUUUGUGAUUUAAUGCAACAUUUUGUAAGAAUGUUUUAUUUAUGUUUUAUUCUCACCCUUUGGGUGAUAAACAAUGUAAAGUCACAUUUCACUCAUAAUAAAAAAAUAAUAAUGAACAUUUUAAAA